CCAGGGAACUAACGCAAUGACGGAACCAACACACAGGGACUGAGCGAGUCAAUCAGGGGGACAGUUACGGAGAGGGACUUCCGGGUAAUAUGGCGGCGCCCUGGAGAAGCGUGGUUUAGCCUGAAGAGUACACGGAGAUGGCAGGGCUGACGUUAUUUAUCCGGGGGCUCCCCGAGAAUGCCACCAGUGAGCGGCUGGAGGAGAUCUUCUGUGAGAGCGGACCCCUCCGCCAGAGCUUCGUGGUCCGGGAGAAGGGUGGAGAAAAAUGCCGUGGUCUUGGCUAUGUCACAUUUUCCAUGUUGGAAGAUGCCCAGAAAGCAAUGAAGGAAAUCAGGGAGUACGAUGGGAAGAAAAUCGAGGUGAUGGUGGCCAAGAAAAAAUUGCGUGAAAAAGAUAAAAAGGCUAAAAUGAAAGAAGAUACUGAGAAGGCAAAACCAAGCAAGCAUAGCAAAGUCCCAACCAAAAAAGCCAGAUUGAUCAUCCGGAAUUUGAGCUUUAAGUGCUCUGAAGAAGAUCUCAAAGCACAUUUUUCCACUUUUGGGCCUGUGGUGGAGGUCAACAUCCCAAAAAAGCCAGAUGGGAAGAUGCGAGGGUUUGCCUUUGUGCAGUUUAAAAACAUGCUACAAGCCAGCAAUGCUUUGAAAGGAACAAAUAUGAAGAGUAUAAAAGGCCGAACCAUUGCUGUUGACUGGGCUGUUGCAAAGGAUAAAUACACAGCAACUAAUAGAGUGUCAGCCAAUGAAACCAAGAAAGGUAAUGAGGAACAGAGCAAAGAUUUAUCAGAUGCGGAAGAUUCGUCAGAUGACAAAGAUAACAGUUCACUGAAAGAUGAAGAAGACUCUGAGGUGGAGGAGGAAGAUGAGAAGAAAACUUCACAACAGAAAACUAAAAGCAAUAAAGUGCCUGUUAAGAAACCUCAGACUAGCAGAAGCAAAGUGCAGGAGGAGGAUAGUGAUAAUGAUGAUCAGGAGGAUGAAAGUGAUGAAGACGAUGAUGAGGAUGUAUCUGCAGACUCUGGUCAGGAUAGUGAUAUGGAAGACGAAUAUGAAGACUCUGACUCUGAGAGUGAAAAAAAAGAUAAAACUAAAGUGAAAAAGAAACAGCUGCCAUCAGAUGUCAAUGAAGGAAAAACAUUGUUCAUAAGAAAUCUGUCUUUUAACUCUGAAGAAGAAGAUCUUGAAGAGUUGUUGCUGAAAUAUGGAAACAUUAAAUAUGUCCGGAUUGUGUUACAUCCUGAUACAGAACACUCUAAAGGUUGUGCCUUUGUGCAGUUUGUAGAUAAAGAGUCUGCUGAGAAAUGCCUUGCUGCUGCUAAGGAUGAUUCAGAGAAUGGAGGCUUGAAACUUGCUGGAAGGAAGCUGUUUAUGGACCUGGCUGUAAGUAGAGAGGAAGCUGGAAAACUACGCCAGAAGAAAGUGAAGAAACCUACAGGGACCAGAAAUCUGUACCUAGCUAGGGAAGGAAUGAUUCGUGAGGGAACAAAAGCUGCUGAGGGAUUGAGCGCAGAAGAUAUAGCAAAAAGAGCUCGGUUUGAAGAGAUAAAAAGACAAAAAUUGAAGUCUCAGAAUAUUUUUGUCUCCAAGACGCGUCUUUGUGUUCACAACAUUCCAAAAUCUGUGGAUGACAAACAAUUACGUCAGCUGCUUUUUAAAGCAGCUGGUGGGGAGCACUCAGUAAAUAUUAAGGAGUGUCGCGUGAUGAGAGACAUGAAAGGCGUGGGAGGAAAUCAUAAGGGUCAGUCUCUGGGUUAUGCCUUUGUGGAAUUUGCUGAGCAUGAACAUGCACUGGCAGCUCUGAGACAGUUGAACAACAAUCCAGAUGUGUUUGGGCCAAAAAAGAGGCCUAUUGUGGAAUUCUCUUUGGAGGAUUUAAAUAAACUGAAGAUAAAGCAGAGGAGAGCACAGCGCAGCCUAGAAGUCCUGAAGCAGAAACAGGCUAAACAGCAAGCAGCCGCUAUUAAUAUGGGACAGCCUGCACAAAAUAAUGCAAAAGGGAAACAGGAAAACAAGAAAGGCAAUGCACAACCCGCACAGACAGUACAAGUAAAAAAAAUCCAACCAAAUACUCAAAAGGACACAAAUGCACUCAAAGAAGCCACAUCACAGCAAGUAGCAUCUCCAAAGUCACAACCAACAGAUUCCACUACUCAAAAAGCAAGGAAAAGGCCACCUCCAGCUGAUACAGAGGGAGUAAAAAUGGAUGGAAAAUUGGGGACAUCGGCUAAGACUUCAUGGUCAGGUUUCCAAACCAAAGAGGAAAUAGAGCAAGAAGAGCUUGCAGAUGGCAAGAAGAGAAGGAAAGUUCUACCCCUACCUUCACGGAGUGGUCCCAAGAUAAGAGCCCGUGACAAGGGAAAAGUUCAAUUACAACCAAAGAAACCAAAACCUCAGGGGCAGAGCCGAAAGAAGCAAAGGCUUACAUCAGCAGUAAAACAGGAACCUGCAAAGAAAAAGAAGCAACAAAGAAGCCAGGAAGAGACUCGCUUUAACCAGCUUGUAGAACAGUACAAGAGUAAACUCCUAGGAAAGUCCAAUAGUGCUGUUCCUACUAAAAAAAGCAAAUGGUUUGAGGACUGAUUCUGACUGCAGUGCAACAAUCCUAUCUGUAUGUUGUUGUCCAUUGUCUACACAAAGCAUAGAAUUUCAUUUAAAGUCUUCAAAAGGGCGUGAACAACCUUAUUGUAGGAAGAAACAAGAAGUGGGACCAGCUAUUCUGUUUGCAUGCCAAGGUGUUCCCAAAAAGGCUUCAUGGCAGGUUCAUUGGAUAUGCCACAAAAGUUUGACUGGAGAGAGGAGUUUGUAUGUCAAACUAGAGGGUUCUGUUCCAUUUCUCAAUGGAGGAGUGACUAUAUAUAAGUAAUGGGGAAGAAAUACCUGAACAACUUUGCUGUGCAUGCACAGCUACUAGGGACCCUGAUUCUUAGAAUUCAUGGGAAUCCUGGCAUUCUGACCUCCACCAGUCAGACUUUUGUAGUGUACACAUUGUAUAUGCCCUACCUUAGACUGUACAUAUCUAGCUGUUUAUGUGAAGACAUUUUUACGUUAAUGUAAAAACAUUUUAAUUGUUUUAUAUUAUUAAAAACUGCCCAUAUUGACAUUUCUGAUGCAUAUGCUCCUUGGUGUGUAAUAUUUGUCCACUAUAGAAACAGCUACUUGCCUGUUCUGUAAUUGUCAUCUUCUAAUUGUUUCUCUUACUUUCCCAGAACUUUUCAGGAGUAAAAUAAUUUAAACCUUUAAA